AUGCUGUGUUCAGGCUGGAUUCGUGACGAGGACCGGGGGCCACCCCCGUCUGCUCCCCCCCUGCUCCUGUCGGUCAUCCCUGGGGGUUUCAUCAAGCAGCUGGUGCGGGAGACUGAGCAGGAGGCCAAGGAGGCACGGAGGAGGAAGGAGAGCAGGGUGGGCACCAAGGAGGAGCCCACGGGGAAGGACGGCGAGCCCCGAGCAGGGGCGGCCAGCGAGGGGCCCCUGCGGAACGGGCUGAAGGCAGAGGGGCAGGGGGGCAAGGGGCUCACAGCCCCCCCAAACAAGGAGCUGCCCCCUGUGCUGGGGACUGUCCCCAGCAAAACCCCUGCACCCGGCCCAGCAGCGCCUGCCCCCAAACCAGCAGAGACACCCCCCAAAAAAGCAGAAACAUCCCCCAAAACAGCAGAGGCUCCCUCCAAACCAUCAGAGACCACCCCCAAACCAGCAGAGACCCCUCAGCCAGGGGCUCCCAAGGUGGGAAAGUUAUUGUGGCCCAGGAAGAGCCCCAAGGACUCCUUCUUGGGGGGCAGCCCCCCAACUCCAGCCCCUGCACCCAGCCAGGGCCCCCAGCGUGGCAGCAAAGUGGCAGUGAAGGAAGGGGACACACCCAAGGGGACAAUCCCUGAGAGCACCAAGAAGGAGAAGGGGACAAUCCCUGAGAGCACCAAGAAGGAGAAGGGGACAAUCCCUGAGAGUACCAAGAAGGAGAAGGGGACAAUCCCUGAAAGCAGCAAGAAGGAGAAGGGGACAAUCCUUGAGACCACCAAGGAGAAAGAGACAAUCCCUGAGAGCACCAAGAAGGAGAAGGGGACAAUCCUUGAGAGCACCAAGAAGGAGAAGGGGACACCCCUGAGGCACGAGGAGCCCCCAGCCAAGCUGAAAGCCCAGAGGGAGCUGUUGUCAGCCAGGAAAGAGCCAGAGAAGAUGAAGAAAGAUGUUGGAGGUGGCAAGAAGGAGCCGAGGGAGAUCAAAAAGCCUGAAAAAGCCACAAACAAGCCAGAGGGUCUCAAGGGGGAGCCGGGAGGAAUCCAAGAGAAGUCCACAGAGGUGGGGAAAGAGGUGGGGAAGGUGAAGGAGGAGCUGGGGAAGGGUAAAGAGAUGCUGAAAGAGAGCAAAGGGAUUGGCAAGAGCACAGACAAGGACCAGGCUGAAGAAACAUCGGGAAGGAGCCAAGAGAUGAGCAAGACCAUGGAGAAGGAGCAGGAUGGAGAGGCAUCGGGUGAGAGCACAGACAAGGACCAGGCUCCGAGGGACGUUUGGUACGAAGCAGAGAAGAUUCCCAGAGGAAAGCGGGACAACCUCCCCCCACACAUCUGCUCGCUGGCACACAGAGCCUACAGGAACCUGCUGCUGCAGAGGCAGGACCAGGCCAUCGUGCCCCUGGGGCACAGCGGGGCUGGCAGGACCCACUGCUGCCAGAGAGCCCUGGAGUACCUGGUGGGCACGGCGGGCAGCCUGGAUGGCAGGGUCACAGUGGAGAAGAUCCAGGCCAUGUUCACAGUGCUGGGAGCCUUUGGCUCGGUGAGCACCGGGCACAGCAGCAGCUCCACGCGCUUCUCCAUGGUCCUGUCGCUGGAUUUCAGUGCCACUGGCCAGGUCACUGCUGCUCACCUCCAGACCUUGCUGCUGGAGAGGGCCCGUGUUGCCCAGCAGCCUGAAGGAGAGAGCAGCUUCAACAUCUUCCCACUGCUGCUGGCAGGGCUGGAUGUGGCAGAGAGGACGAUGCUGCACCUGCACCAGGUGGCUGAGAGCAAUUCCUUUGGGAUCAAACCCUUCACAAAGCCUGAGGACAAGCAGAGAGCCCUGGUGGCCUUCUCCCAGCUCCGGGCUGCCAUGGGCACACUGGGCAUCACCGCGGAGGAGCAGGGGGCUGUGUGGCGUGUCCUGGCUGGAAUCUACCACCUGGGAGCUGCUGGAGCCUGCAAAGUGGGCAGGAAGCAGUUCCUGAGGUUCGAGAGCGCCAGCCGAGCUGCCGAGGUGCUGGGCUGCGACGUGGAGGAGCUGGGCAGCGCUGUCUUCAAGCAUCACCUGAGGCACAUCCUGGCGCAGGUGACAGCACGGGGCAGCCCCCAGGCAGAGGAGAGCCCGCCAGGGCCGAAGAUGACGGGAGUGGAGUGUGUGGAGGGAAUGGCCUCGGGGCUCUACGAGGAGCUCUUUGCUGCUGUGGUCUCGCUCAUCAACAGGUCCUUCUCCUCCCAGCACCUCUCCAUGGGCUCCAUUUCCAUCGUGGACACCCCUGGCUUCCAGAGCCCACGGCAGCAACGGCGCGAGCGAGCAGCCACCUUCGAGGAGCUGUGCCACAACUACGUCCAGGAGAGGCUGCAGGGGCUCUUCUAUGAGAAAACCUUCCUGAGGGAGAUAGAGAGGUACAGAGAGGAAAAUGUUGAGGUGUCUUUUGAUCUUCCAGAGCGCUCUCCGCUGGCCACGCUGUCCAUCAUUGACCUGAGCUGCUCCCAGCCGCAGGUGCUCAAGGGCAGCACUGGGGAUGCUCGCCGGGGGCUGCUGUGGAUCCUGGAUGAGGAGGUGCUGGUGCCAGGCUCUGGGGAUGGCACUGCCUUCGAGCGCCUCUGCUCCUACUUCGCCACAAAGGCUCCCCACCAGGACGGUGAGGGGCACCUGCGCAGGUGCGAGCAGAUGCUGCACUUCGAGAUCUGCCACCAGCUGGGCACGGCCCCCGUGCGCUACGACCUCACGGGCUGGGUCAGCAAGGCCAAGUUCAACCUGUCGGCCCAGAAUGCCAUCCAGGUGCUGCAGAACUCCACGGUGCUGAGAGGCCCAGGGCCGAAGAUGACGGGAGUGGAGUGUGUGGAGGGAAUGGCCUCGGGGCUCUACGAGGAGCUCUUUGCUGCUGUGGUCUCGCUCAUCAACAGAGCUGACCCCUCCACCCUGCAGGAUGCACUCACCAACCUCCUCCGGCGCUCCCAGCUGCACUUUGUGCACUGCCUGCUCCCGGGGAUGGGCAGGGAAGGGUCGAUCCCUCGGCCCCCAGCACCGCCAGAUGCAGCCCCAGAGCUGGACGUGGUGGCCCUGAGGACACAGCUGGAGGGGACCCAGCUCCUGGAUGCCCUGCGCCUCCACCGUGUCGGCUAUUCGGACCGGCUGCUCCUCACCCAGUUCCGCAGGCGCUUCCAGGUGCUGGCUCCCGAGGUGAUGAAGAAACACAACUCUGCCUACGAGGUGCCAGAUGAGAGCAAGGCUAUCGAGGAGCUGUUCCAGGCGCUGGAUCUGGAGAAGAAGACCGUUGCCAUAGGACACACCCAGGUGUUCCUGAAGCCGGGGGUGAUCUCCAGGCUGGAGAAGCAGCGGGACAAGCUGAUAGCCCAGAAGAUGACUCUGCUCCAGGCUGCCUGCAAGGGCUUCCUCAGCCGCCAGAAGUUCAAGAGACUGAAGAUCCAGCGCCUGGCCAUCCGCUGCAUCCAGAAGAACCUGCAGGUGUUCCAGGCAGUCAGGCACUGGCCCUGGUGGCAGCUGCUGAGCCACCUGAGGCCCCUGCUCAGUGUGAACCUUGCUGAGGAGCAGCUCCGUGCCAAGGAGGAGGAGCUGGCGGCGCUGAGAAGGAAGCUGGAAAAAUCCGAGCAGGCGUGCAGCGAGCUCAGACAGACUACAGAGAGUCUGGAGAGCAAGAUCAUCGACCUGACCACGGAGCUGUCGGACGAGCGCUACAAGGGCGAUGUCGCCUGCCAGGCCCUGGAUGGGGACAGGGUAGAGCUGCUCCCUUGCUCCCUUCCCCAGAGCAAGCACGACCAAGUGCAGAAGAAGCUGGAGUCGGUGGAGAAGCAGCUGGAAGAGGCGCAGCAGCUGGUGCAGCUGCGUGAGAUGAAGAUCAGCGGCUCUGGAGGAGAGGACGAGUGGCAGGUGAGGUUUGACUGUGCCCAGACCGAGAUCGUUUUCCUGCGGAAGCGGCUGGCGCAGCUGGAGGAGCGGCUGGAGGCAGAGCUGGGCACCAGGACAGGGUUUGACCUGCAGCUGGCCCAGGCCCUGGGGCAGUCUGCCUUCGAGAAGAGCCUCCGUGAGAAGCUGUCCCAGGAGAACACCAGCAUCCGCUGGGAGAUGGGCAAACUGCAGCAGAGCCUGGAGCACAAGGAGGCCGAGGUGGCCAGGCUGGAGCAGCAGGUGGCCGUGCUGGCCGGCCGAGUGCAGGAGCUCAGUGCCCCCGGGGCCAUGGACACGGUGCCUGGGCUCAAGAAGAAGCUCUGGGACCUGGAGGGCAGCUCUGCUGAGCAGAAGAAGGAGUUGGAGAAGCAAACAGCUGCUGUGGAGCACCUGGAGCAGCUCCAUGAGAGGCUGGAGCUGGAGAUGGAGAGGAUGAAGCAGAUCCACCAGAAGGAGCUGGAGGACAAGGACGAGGAGCUGGAGGACACGCAGAAGUCCUGCCAGAAGAGGCUGCGGCAGCUGGAGAUGCAGCUGGAGCAGGAGCACGAGCAGAGGCAGAUGGUGCUGCACGAGAAGCAUGACCUGGAAGGGCUCAUUGGCACCUUGUGUGAGCAGAUCGGCCACCGCGACUUCGACGUGGAGAAGCGGCUGCGGCGGGACCUGCGGAGGAGCCGGGCGCUCCUGGCCGAUGCUCAGCUGCUGCUGGCGGCCCCAGCCGGGCCCGGGGGCAGCGCUCCGGAGCUGGAACACCUGCGCAAGCAGUUGGAAGAAAGUGAAGCCAAGUGUGCAGAGGCCCAGAGAUGCCAGCAGACAGCAGCCCAGGAGCUGGAGAACCUGCACACGGAGCUGGAGACCCUCAGCAGAAGCAAGACCCUGGUGGACGAGCAGCUGUUCCAGCUGCAGCACGAGCGAGCCGACCUGCUGAAGCGCAUCGAUGAGGACCAGGAGGACCUGAACGAGCUCAUGGAAAAGCACAAGGCUCUGAUCGCCCAGUCGGCCACGGACAUCGCUCAGAUCCGGGAGCUGCAGACGCAGGUGGAGGAUGUGAAGAAAGAAAAGCAAAGCCUGCAGGAGAAGCUGCAGGCAGCUCAGGCCAGGGCAGCCCAGCUGGAGCAGUACCCGGCUGAGCGCUCCAUCGUCAGCCGGCAGGAAGCUCGGAUCCGGGACCUGGAGAGCCAGCUGGACUUCCAGGCCGUGCAGAUGAAGCGCUUCGAGGUGCUGGUGCUGCGCCUGCGGGACAGCAUCAUCCAGAUGGGAGAGGAGCUGGAGAAGGCGGCCGAGUCGGAGGCGCGGGAGAGGGAGAGCAGCAGGUACUACCAGAGGAGGAUGCAGGAGAUGAAGGCUGACAUGGACGAGCUGGUGCAGAGGGAGCUGGAGUCCAGCCGCCGGCGCGUGGAGCUGGAGCAGCAGCUGGCAGAGCUGGCAGAGGUGCGGCAGGGGCUGCAGGCUGACCUGGGCACCUCCAUCCGCCGCAUCGCAGACCUGCAGGUGGCCCUGGAGGGGCUGCGGGACAGCGAUGACAGCGAUGCUGACAGGGAUGCCUGCUCCACUGUUGGCUCCGUGCUCAGCCUGGAGCCUGCAGAGAGCGUCAAGUCCUGGCCGAGCUCCUCCUCAGGCUGGACUGCCAGCGUGGCCGGGAGCGCUUCAGCACCAUCCGUGGGCAGCCGCAGCACCCAGAGCCUCAGGGUGAGCAGAGACACCAAGGACCCCGCUCCGAGCCGCCCUCUUUCCUCCCGGAGCUCUGCCCGCCCCACCGAGGCUGCGGACCCGGGCAGCACAACGAGUCCCCUGCUGGCGGCCAGAAGACGGGAAUUUGGAAAACCUCAGGCAGAAGAAGAGGGGCUGGAGAGCCCAAAGAAGCCGGUGGAUAGGAUAGGAGAC